AAUAAAGUACUGCUAAAUUUUCAGUUUACUGAAUAUUCAUACUCGUUUUCUUGAUGCCGCAUAUUCUUUUAACCUUAUGGGGAUUCAUUGAGACAAGAAAUUCUCAAUUCAUAUACCCCUUUGCCUCUGCUUUGCACCUUGAAAAAUUCAAGAAAAUCCAAUUUUGGUUCUUGAUUUGAUAUUGCAGAUUCUUGAUCAUAUAGAAAAUGAGUAUCCAGAGGUUUAAUGAUUAUAUUUUAGAAUUCCCCCAAACCUCCACUCAAGAUUUAGUUGAUCAACAACAGUAUCAGCAGACUUGUAAUUGGCCUAUUGCUACUUCAUCUUCAAGUACCAUAAUCAGCUGUAUUGGUUCCCCUUCUUCAGCCUUUUUUGCCACGGAACGUUGCCUCGGGUUGACUCAGUAUGAUAAUCAAGAUAAUACUACUUCCCAAUUGACCAAUAAUUAUGAUCUUCAGAUAUCAUAUGAUCCUCAACAAUGUAAAAAUGGAAUCUUGCCAGAUUCAACAGCACAAUCUGAGCCAGAUUUUCAAUACGUAAGUCCUGAGGGACCUUGUAGACAAUAUCCUUUUUCCAAUGUAUCAGAAAAAGAGAGGAUGCUGCAUCUCAAAAAUGAGUUGUUGGGAGAAUUCGAUACUUCAUAUCAGAGGCACCCCUCGUUGCCUUUCGAUGGAAAUCAAGAUUACUGUCUCUCCAGUGAUUUGUAUUGCUCUCAAUUGGUAAAUAUGAGGCAACAAUCCGCGAGUCCGUCACUUACUUGUCAUCAUAACUCUGCAUCGUCUGGAGUAAGCCAUAAGCCUAGUAAGAGAAGAAUUAGAUGGAGUGAAGAUCUACACGAUCGAUUUCUUGAGUGUGUAAAUUGCCUUGGAGGUGCUGACAAGGCUACGCCGAAGCAAAUACUAAAUCUGAUGGACUCAGAAAGUUUAACUCUUGAUCAUGUUAAAAGCCAUUUGCAGAAAUAUCGGAAUGCAAAGCAUCCAGAAUCUGCAGGGAAAUCUGAAAAAAGAAACAGCCCGGAUAAUGCUGUGACAGAUACCGAAAGCAACACUGGAAUAGAAAUCAAGGAAGCACUGAAAAUGCAAUUAGAAGUGCAAAGGUGUCUUCAUGAGCAACUUGAGACUCAGCGAACGUUACAAAUGAGGAUCGAAGAACAAGCAAAAAAAUUGAAGAUGAUAUUUGAUCAACAGCGGAAGACAAACAGGACUCUGUUGGAGACACGAAAUUCAAACAUUUCAUCUACUGGUGUAGAAAUUUUGGUUGUAGAAGACUCUGAUAAUACGUCCAACACAAGUUAGGUGCCAUUGUAACUACAUCAAGUUUAGCUUUUUUUCAUAAAAGCACAUGCAUUAGCAAUCAUUAAAGAGGUUAAAGAAGGAACUUAGUUCUUGUAGCAAAAUCAAGAACUAGCCCUUUGGAGCUAAUUAGCCUACCAAACAACUUGUAAGAAAUAUAAAGUAAAUUAUAA